AUGGGAACCUUUACAUUCAAGUGGCCUCACAAUGCGAGCGAGGUGUUCGUUACCGGCACUUUCGAUGAUUGGGGUAAGACGGUGAAACUGGACCGGGUGGGCGAUAUCUUCACCAAGGAAGUGACGAUUUCACCAGUACAGAAAGUCCAGUAUAAGUUUGUCGUCGACGGUAUUUGGACUACAGAUCCCAACGUACGCGAAGAAGAGGACGGACAUAACAACAUCAACAACGUACUUCUACCAGAAGAGAUCCAUUCCGAUUUCGCCCCCACUAUGUCCGGCGUGACCCCUGAUUCUACAACCGCGGCUCUCGCUGCUAAUGUUCCCAAGGAGCCUAAUGGACAUUUGCCUGGGACCUUCCCAGAGACUCCGGGACUGGACUCCGAACAGACCUUGUCCGUGGAUCCCAUCCCAGCUUCGGAGGGCUAUGGCAACCCCGUCAGCCUGAACCCGGGUGACAAAGUUCCUCAUCACAGCACCCUCCACAACAACACCGUUGACUCUACUGUGACUUUGGACAAAGAGUCAUAUGAAAAGGGCCAAACACUCCCUAUUGACGGGCUCCACAACACCGACGCCAAUCCUGGCUCUGCCCCAUAUACGCUCCCUCCAAUCACAAACAACAUGAUCCCCGAAUCCAGUCUUCCGAUCGGUGGACCCGCGCAACACGCCGCAGUCAGUGAGAGCGAACCCACUUAUACCGGAGCUCCGGUGGAGCAGGCAACCUUGGCCGAUCCAGGAUACAAUAUCCAGUCCGCUGGCCCCAACUCAACUACAGCAGCACUGGCCGCUGCCGUGCCGCUCGAGCCAAAGGGCAAGGAGACCAACGGCGACAAGCCCGUCGAUGAGGUCCCACAGGUGGUGAAGGACUCGAUGGCCGAGGCCCACAAGGACCCGGAGGCUGCCGCGAACCAGGAAGCAGUCGACGAGAAGAAGGCUAUCGAGGCGGAACUUCACAAGAAAGUCCAGGUCGAAGAGUCCGCAGGUGCUCCCGCGCCUACCGUCACUGCAGCCACCCAAGCUGUUGCACCUCAUCUCACUGCCGGUGGGGUAGACUCGGCAGAUGUGUCGCCACUUUCAACUCCUCCCCCGGGCCGCACUUUUGCUGCCGCUGACCCCGCUGCCCCAACUUCGGCGCCGAAGACCGAGUCCAGUGGGCCAACUGUCACCACUGGCCCUGAGACUACUUCUACCGCUGAAGUCUCGACUCCCAAAGCUGAACCCGCAGCUCCCACUGUGACGACCGGCGUUGAGUCUUCUCAGGCACCUGCUACAUCGACUCCUGCUACAUCGACUGCAAAGCCCGCAGAGCAGUCUCGCAAACAGUCCCACAGUGAAGGUGCUUCUACCAUUGGCGAGAAGAAGAAGAAGCACCGCAUGAGCAGCUUCUUCGGCAAGCUCAAGGAGAAGCUCAAGUAA